AUGAAGAAUGAAAGCAGUUUCAAGUCUAAUAAUUCAGGUUAUGUAGAUGGCAAUCAUGUUGUAGAAACACCAUCAACCGAGAAAACUCAUCUACCCACUUCCUUUAGCAAUAGAGAGAAGAUUGAUGAGUUAAAGAAAUUGCGGCUUCAAAGGGCUCAUCAAAGAGGUAACUCUAAAGGAUUAGACUACAGCCGUCGAGGUGGUCGAAUAGUAAACGACGAUACUGAUAGCCAGGAUGAGCAUGAACUUGACGAAAAUCCAUUUUUCUUUUAUAGUUCUGCUUCUAGUGAUAGCGAUCCCGGUUCUCAAAUUGACAGUGAUGAAGAGAAUGAUAAAGAAGAACAGAAUAUAAUUCCUACUCCAGACAGCCAUGGCACUUAUGGGGUUCAAAAGCCCGCACACAGUGACCCAGACAGUUUUGAAAAAGUGGACACUACAAUAGAGUCACCUUUAGAUGAAAGUUUCUUUAAGGAAUGUACUAAGCAAAGUCCUGUCUUAGAUCAAGAGAGCAAUAAUACAAACAAUGGGAUAUUGACUGAUGAUGAACUCUCACUUGAGUAUUCUCCUGUUGCUGACCCUAUACCAGCGCAUACAUUGUCUCCAAUACGUAAUGAAGAUGAGGGUAGUGACUUUGAUGAAUUUGAUGAAAUGAAUAAUUCAGAUAAUUCCCCCAAAGACUCGAAAUUUACUAACGAAACUGAAUCUAAAUUGCCAACAGAAGCGGAAAGCCUUCGAUUGGUAGAAAGCCAUAAUGAAUUAGAAAACAAACCAAUAGAUGUAGUCCAAGAAAAGCCGAUACAUCAUCCUCAUCCUGUAUCGCCUCAUACUGAGCAUCUGGAUUCAUUUGCUAACACUAAUACUAGUGAUAGAGGCAUGAAACCUUCAAACCCUGAAAAUGAUAGCCAUCAUAUCAAUCCUGUAGAUUCAAAGGAAAAUAGCGUUCCGACUGAAAAAGCAGAAGGUCUCUCUACACCAUCUUUUCCAAUAGACUCGAACCGGAGUAGUUCAGUGGUUCCAUUGAGGCGAACACUCAGGUUACCAACAUUAGCAUCACCAAAUCAUCAAUCAUCAUCUUUUUCAUCUGUUACUCACCAAUUGUCGCCUCCUUUACAAAGAAGAGAAACAUUCAUCAUUGAAAGUGAUGAUGAGGAUGAAGAUAAGAAGAAUUUGAAAAGAAAAUCAAAUAAUGAGGAUACAAAGGAUAUUAGAAUGGCUAAGAAGCAAGUAGUAUCGCCACGAGUGCCAAUUACAUCGUCUGAUAGCAAUAUCAUUGUCUUGACAGAUGAGGAAGAUGAAAAUGACAGUUCUCUCAUAGAAACUAAAACUGAGCAAGCUGCAUUUAAUCCGCAGUCGGUUAAGGCCGAACCUGCUGAAGCAAAAACUAGCUCAAAAAUGGAAGAUCAUAAACCUACUUUAUUAGAUGCACAACAGCAUUACGUACAAUUAACGAAAAACUUAGAAACUGAAGAGAGGGAGCUCAGACUUACAUCGGAGUCCCUGCAAGCUACAAAUGCAAUAUUACAUAAAAAAUUAAUAAAACGAGAAGAAGAUGUCUCCAGAGCACAUUCUAAGUUGUUGUUGUUUCAAACUUCAAUGCAAAAUAGACAACCAACUAGUACACAAAAAAUAUUAGCUGAAGAGGCACAAAGGAAUUUAACAAAGGCAAAACAAAAGAAAAUAAUUACUGAGAAAAAACUAACCGCUUUGUUGAUUAAACUAAACGAUCAUCAAUCACACUAUGAGAAUUUUAUGAGAGAUAGGGAUACUAAGAUAAACCAAGCUAAAAAUGAGUUGAUUUUAAUCGAACGGGAUACGCAAGCAAAAGAAGUUGUGGAAAAAAGAAACAAGCUAAUUCAAGAGCAGGAUAGGUUGCAUGCAAUGUUGAAGGAAGGUGACUUGACGCUCGAAACGCAUCAUAAAUUGGUGCAAGAUAUCAAAAGACAAUUAGACAUGUUGAGCGCUCAAAAUUUGCCAAAGCCUGGAGUGCAAGAUCCUGCGCUUCAAAAUCGAUCACCACCCUUCACAGAAAAAGAGCCUGAUUUGUUUGAGAACUCCAUUAAAACUGCAAAGGAUCUGUUAGCAAAAAAUACCACUCGUACAGAAAUGACAAAGCGUAUGUUGUAUGGUCAUCUUGAUAGGUUGCUAAAAUAUAAGCAAAAUUUUGAACACGGUAGGAAUUGUCCGCAGUUUAUGAUGAACGAAUGUAGAGAUUCAGCAGAAUUACUUUUCUCCAAUGGUGUAAAGAUGCCAGUUGUCUUUGAAACACUGGAAGAUUACGGAAUUACUUUUAGAGAUAGAUCUAUCUUAAAAAUUCAUAAAAGGGAUCAAUUUUUCAAGACGUUAGAAGUGGCUAAGGAUUUGUUUUCAAAAUCAAGCAGAAGCAGUGAUGUAAAAUCAGCUGUAGUUAAGAUCUUAGACUACUUUGCCAUUCUUAGAAAAGAUAUUGAUGUCGGGAUUCCACCGAGUUAUGAAGAAAAGAUUAAAGCAAGUCAGGCAGUUCUAUUAUUGAAAAAACAUGGAUUAAAGAUGGAAAAGCUAUAUGAAAAUUUGAAACGCUACAAAAUUGCAACAACCCCAGAAGAAUUUGCUGUUUUAAAACAAUCACUCGUACCGAAUACCAAUUUUAAUACCUUCGAUUCCUAUAGGGAUCAACAUAAGAUGAAAUGGCAAUUAAAUAAGAAUGUCCACAAUUCAAUGCAUCAUGUUCCAUCUCCUUCACCAAAUUCGUCUUCCAUUUUUGAUGAGACUGGACUUGCAAAUAUCCAUAAUAUAAGUGAUCAGGAGCAUAUACGUGAAUUGUUAAUGAAUGUUAAGCAAACUGAAUCGGAAACUGAGGGUGAAGUUUUAACGCCGGAACAAAUGACAGUCAAUUUGUUGAAGCAUCAAAGGAUAGGUCUGAAAUGGCUUUUGAAUGUUGAGAGCUCUAAGAAAAAAGGUGGUUUGUUAGCUGAUGAUAUGGGGCUCGGGAAAACGGUGCAAGCAAUUGCUCUUAUGUUAGCUAAUCGCUCUAAGGAUAAAAAGAAGAAAACUAACCUGAUUGUGGCACCCGUUGCUGUUUUGAGAGUGUGGCAAGGUGAAAUAGAAACAAAGAUCAAGAAGGAGGCAAAAUUCACAAGUUUCAUCUAUGGAUCUGGUAAUGCCAAAACAUGGAAGGAGAUUGCAAAGUACGACGUUGUCCUCGUAUCUUAUCAAACGUUGGCGAAUGAGCUUAAAAAGCACUGGCCAGCAAAAUUGAGUGAUGAUCAGAAACAGUUGGCAGUGGUCCCUCAGAUAUCAGCAAUGAAUUCAUUGAAAGAAUCAAAUGAAUACUGGUCCCCCUUUUAUUAUAAUGAAUCUACUUUUUAUAGAGUUAUUCUAGAUGAAGGCCAAAAUAUUAAGAAUAAAAACACUAAAGCAGCUAAAGCGUGUUGUACUGUGGAUGCAGAUUACCGCUGGAUUUUAUCUGGUACGCCGAUCCAAAACAAUAUGAAUGAAUUAUAUUCCUUAAUUAGAUUUUUAAGAAUACCACCUUAUCAUAGAGAAGAAAGAUUCAACGCUGAUAUCGGUAGACCUUUCGGUAAUAAUAAAAGAGUUGAAUACGAUCUUGAAGAUAGGAAAAGGGCGAUUAAAAAAGUUCAAGUUUUAUUAAGGGCAAUUAUGUUGCGUCGUAAUAAAACAGAUAAAAUUGACGGUAGACCACUUCUUGAAUUGCCACCUAAAAACGUCAACGUCGAACAAGCCAUGUUGACUGGUGAUGAGCUUGAAUUUUAUGAGGAGCUGGAAAGUAAAAAUAAAAAGUUAGCUAAAAAAUUGUUAGAUAGAAAAGUCAAGGGUGCUUAUUCCAGUGUUUUGACAUUGCUCUUACGUUUAAGACAAGCAUGUUGCCAUUCUGAACUGGUGGUUAUCGGUGAAAAUAACAUCAAUAAUACAAAGGUAGCUAAUGGUAAAAAUUUUCACAAUGACUGGCUAAGACUUUACAAUGUUAUAAAAAGAGUUACUCAAAAUGCACAAGAUUCAGUAUUGAAUAAUUUAGAUUCAAUGACAUGCGUUUGGUGUCUUGAACAACUUGAACUUGAGAGCACUGUUGUUCUCAGUGGUUGUGGGCACUUGCUUUGUGAUGCAUGUGUUGAACCAUUUUUGGAUCAAGCAUCAGCAUCAGCAUCAAACCACGCUAGAAGUGGUGGCAAUGGUUCCACAUAUGUUCCUUGUAAUGAGUGUAAUAAGUUAACCAACGACAAAGAGAUUGUUUCUUAUAGAUUAUAUGAUCAAGUUAUAAAUCAAAAUUUCACAACAGCUCAGCUAUAUGAAGAAUAUGAAAAAGAAAUGGAGCGUCAGAAAUUGAAUAGGAGAAAUGGGUACGUUCCAGAUUUCACGAAAUUGGAACCAUCAACAAAAAUGGUCCAAUGUUUCGACGUGAUAAAGAAAGUGUUUGAUAAUUCAGAAAGCGAAAAAAUUAUUAUCUUCUCUCAAUUUACUACAUUUUUUGAGUUAUUUGAACAUUUUUUAAAAAGAGAAAUGGAUGUUCCAUAUUUGAAAUAUGUUGGUAGUAUGAAUGCGCACCAGAGAUCAGAAGUCAUAAAUGAAUUUUACAGAAAUAAAAAUACCAGAAUCCUGUUGAUUUCAAUGAAAGCUGGUAAUUCAGGUCUAACUUUGACAUGUGCCAACCACGUUGUUAUAGUUGAUCCAUUUUGGAAUCCAUAUGUGGAAGAGCAAGCGCAGGACCGUGUUUACAGAAUCAGUCAAACUAGAGAGGUCCAUGUGCACAAACUUUUCAUCAAAAAUUCUGUUGAGGAUAGAAUUGAAGAGUUACAAAACAGGAAAAGAGCUAUGGUAGAUGCUGCGAUGGAUCCAAGUAAGAUUAAAGAGAUUAAUAGGUUAGGUGCCCGUGAAUUGGGCUUCUUAUUCGGUUUGAAUUCGCUGUAG